AUGUUCUCCCGCCAUGACUCUCAACCCCGUCAGACCUUGAUCACCGCUUUCGUUGCCUGGAAGGCCCUCCUACUGGCCAUCGCCCUCGGCAGCGCUGUGGCGCCAUCUUACGAUACUUCGACGACCUUGAUGCUCCAGCGCAAUGAGUCCGACGUCUCCCUCGUCACCCGCCUGACGCGCUGGGACGCUCUCUACUUCACUCAAUCCGCCAGACGCGGCUACGUGUUCGAACAGGAGUGGGCUUUCAACGCUGGUCUGCCACUCGUCGUCUCGGGCCUGAUCCGGGUCGCGCGCCUGCUUGGCUUCGAGGGCGAUGAAACCGGCGCGUCGGAAGCUGCCUUCAGCAUCGUGAUCGCUCACGUAGCUCACCUAUUCGCCGCUCUCAUGCUGUACGAGCUGACCGUCAAGCUCUUUACUCGACCUCGAUUGGCAUUCCUGUCCGCCUUGCUCCACAUCUUGUCUCCGGCUGGCCUAUUCCUUUCGGCACCCUACGCAGAGAGUCUUUGCGCCUUCUUCUCUUUCGCCGGCUACUACGUGCUCGCAUCGGCGUCGACCUCCACCAAGGGGUCGUUUCCAUGGGUCACAGCUCAGAUCUUGGCCGGCGUCAUCUUUGGUCUCGCGACGGCCUCUCGGUCAAACGGCCUCCUGAACGGCCUCCCCUUCGCCGUCGAGUGUCUAAUGAUCCUGCCCCCGCUGCUGGCCAGCCCUAUGAGCUUGAAAAAUAUUGCGGCUCUGUUUGGUUCUGUCACAGGCGGGCUCCUCGUGGCAACGGGGUCAGUUGUACCACAAGCGCUUGCUUGGCUGCGAUACUGUUCCGGUGCAUCCGAGGCGCGCGCAUGGUGUGAGCGGACCGUGCCCAGCAUCUAUUCCUUUGUACAGGAACAUUACUGGGACGUUGGCUUGUUCCGUUAUUGGACGCUAUCGAACGUUCCUCUGUUCGUUCUUGCCGCGCCGGUGCUGGGACUCCUCAUGGUGUCCGGGUGGGAAGUCAUCAACAGGCCUUCGGGGUUGGCGCGGAGUCCGACGGCGGAGAAGCAGCGACAAGGGCAGAGUGGCACGAAGUCGGUUUUAGUAGGUUCCAUGGCCGCUGCCCAACUUCUGCUUGCCGUCUUGGCGAUCACGACGUACCAUGUCCAGAUCAUCACUAGGAUCGCGUCUGGGUAUGCGGUGUGGUACUGGUGGGUUGCCGGUUGUCUGCUGGACCACGGCGCCAACGGCAAGAGACGGGACGUUGGCGGCAAAGUUGUCAUAUUUUCCGUAAUGUACGCCAUGAUUCAGGGUGUGUUGUUUGCGUCGUUUCUACCGCCUGCUUGA